GUAUACCAUUAGAUUAGAAAAUACACCGUUGUUAAUUUGCAUCUAAAUAGGAUUGGUAUAGCAUUUCAGUAAACAACAAGUGACAUAAUCUUCGCUAGGUGUGUUCUGUUCAAUUAUUCAUGUAAAAGGUUGUAAUGUUUUGUGAAAUAUUAAAAGUGUGAUCAGGUGAUCGAUUUAUUAUUGAGGAAAAAGGAUUAAUAAUUUACAGAUGAUGGUCACUUCCUGGUUGUUUCCAGUUCUGCAGUUAAUCUUUUCAGUUGUGUCUACUGUGAACGCCGACUGCGACGGUCCACCGAGUGUUCCGAAUACGUCAACAAACAUCACCGGUUCCCCGCCUUAUGCAGAGGAAGCUGUUGUGCGAUAUGAGUGCAAUUUGGGAUACAGUACCUCGGGAACCAAUCGGUUUUACACAUGCACAGGUUCUGAAUGGUUAAAUGGCGAUAUUAGUUGUGAUGCUAUAUAUUGCCCUUAUAUUGGAGCACCGGAAAAUGGAGAAAUUACAAAUAACCCAACAAAUGAAGUCGGAACAAAGUUGACAUUUUCAUGUAAUGAAGGUUUUGAUCUGUCCGGUCACAACGAACUCCUUUGUCGAACUGAUGGAGAAUGGUCCCCGUCAUCUGCGCCAGCAUGCGACGCAAAGGACUGCGGGGAAUUCAGUUCUAUUCAACAUGGAGAAACGUUUCAAGACAACAGUGAAGUAGGAAGGAAUUUAUACGGUAGUAUUGUGGUUGUGACAUGCCAGUACGGUUACUUUCUGAACGGCCCUCGUGAAGUUAAAUGCGGGGCCGACGGCCAGUGGGGCAACCGACCAACCUGUGAAUUCAUGACGUGUCCGCCGUAUCCCAAUACCAACAGCACGUGCAUUGAACAAAGUACAGUAUUAGGACAGUUUUACUUCAUCCUCUGUAAAGAGGGACAUAACAUAUCAGUGACAAGAACCGGACCGGACAGCUCCGAAUGUUUGUCUUCCGGUUGGGAGACUUUAGAUAUGGCGUGUUAUUGUGAUUGUUACGUAAAGACAACGCUUAACCUUGUUAAAAUCAGUAACUUGAAUAGUAAAGGAUAUUUACCACAUGGACAUCAGUUACAGUGGACAUGUGAUUCGGACGGGAGAAAGUCCACUUCAGCGGAUGUAACUUGUACUGACGGAACUUUACUGGUUGAAGUGGGUGGGGUACAGCGGAUGGAUGUUAUGCAAGUAUUAGAAUCUGAGUUAUGUUACAACACGAAAAGUAGUGCAAACGUUUUGAACUGUGGAAUUCUUAGAUAUUUCCUGGUUGUUGUGACAAUUACAUUGUCAAUAGAGGCGUUAUGAUUGUGUCACUGAAGUGUUUUGAAAUUAUACAGUCUGGCUAACAGAUAGCUAAACAAUUGCUUAAGAUCUUUCCAGCGCUGCUUCUGUUAUUAAUGGUGUACACUUUAUUUGUAUGGUUGUUAAAAAUGUUCUUUACUUGCUGUUCUGUCAACAACAGUAAUCUGAUUUCAUUUUUAGCUCAUCUGAUUUUUUUUUUAAAUAAAUGAUGAGUUAUUGUCAUCACUUGAUCGGCGUCGGCAUUGGCUCCGCGUCGGCGUAGCCUGGUUAAGUAUUAUGUUUAGGUCAGCUUUUCUCCUAAACUAUUACACCUAUUGCUUUAAAACUUGCAACACUUGUUCACCAUCAUUAGCUGACUCUGUAUAGCAAGAAACAUAACUCCAUUCUGCUUUUUGCAAGAAUUAUGGCCCCUUUAGGACUUAGAAAAUAUCUGACUUCUUGAUUGUUUUGUGUUUAGGUCAGCUUUUCUCCUAAACUUUCAAAGCUAUUGCUUUAAAACUUGCAACACUUGUUCACCAUCAAUAGCUGACUCUGUACAGCAAGAAUCAUAACUACAUCCUGUUUUUUGCAAGAUUACUGAUGGCCCCUUUUGGACUUAUCAGAUUUCUUGGUUAAGUUUUAUGUUUAGGUCAACUUUUCUCCUAAACUAUUAAAGCUAUAGCUUUGAAACUUGCAACUCUUGUUCACCAUCAAAAGCUAACACUGUACAGCAAGAAACAUAACUCCAUCCUGCUUUUUGCAAAAAUUAUGGCCCCUUUUGGACUUAGAAAAUAUCAGAUUUCUUGGUUAAGUUUUGAGUUUAGGUCAACUUUUCUCCUUUACAGUCUAAGCUAUUGCUUUAAAACUUGAAGCAGUUAAUAUUUGCCAUUAAAAGCUGAUUCUGCACAGCAAGUACCGUAACUCUACAUUGCUUUUUGCAAGAAUUAUGGCCCCUUUUGGACUUAGAUAAUCAUGGGUAGGACAAUAUUUCCAUUAUACAGAGACAUAAAAAUCAGAUGAGCGUCUGCACCUGCAAGGCGGUGCUCUUGUUAAAUUACAGAAUCAAUUUAUUUAGAUUGUAUAUGACUUUGUUUUUAAGUGGCUUCCACAUUUUUUGUUAUGAAUAUUAAAUAUAAUUUUUGUGUAAGAUAUUACUUUCGAUGAUUAUUUUCUUACAUAUUUGUCAAAGGUUUGAAUAUUUGGUUCAAUUGGUAAAAUGUAUUAUCGCAUGUUUCACGUCGCGGGAGUGAAAUAAAGCCAUUACAUCAAUUUGAUAAUACACUAGUGUAAUUAAGAAAUAAUUUAUAGCAAAAUAAUGCUUUUUCACUAUUUAUACACGAUGGGCGGUUAUACGUCGGGCGUAAUAAUUAUUUCGGACGACGUAUAACCGCCCGAGUGUAUAAAUAGUGAUAAAGCACUGUUUUGCUAUAAAUUAUUUCGAUUCUGUGUUCUUUACUGUAAAAUUUACUUCAAAUAUGAUGGAACUGUUUCUUCGUUCAAGCAUGGCGCCAGUAGUAGGUAUUUGUUAAAACACGCCAGGACCGGAAACGGUAAUACGUCUUGCGGCAGAAUUCAGUUCGAGCGAAAUUAUUGCGAAUUAUUCAUCAAAGCGAAUAACUAAUUUAGUAUGUUUAUAAAUUGAUCAAAACAUUUGUGCAAUGUGACAUUUCUUUUCAAACAUGUUAUUAAGUAAAAUAUUUCAUGAAAUUUAAAAGCGCUAUUUCUUGAUGCGUACAUGGCGCUAAAUAUCACGUUGACGUGACGUCAACAUAAAAUCUUUGUGAUGAUUAAAGCAUUGUUAGCCAUAUUAGAAUAAAGCAUUGACGUCGACGUCGUUAAAAGUAUCGGAGACGUUGGUCAAAUUUACUUAACAAAUAAUCAAGGCCUUCGAGUGGUUUAUCGUCUGAUUUACCACGGUUCAGAGUUCAGAUGCGUAGGAAUGGAACCACGAGGGCGUUACUGAAGCAUCUGAACGAUGAACCGUGGUAAAUUAGACGAUAAAUCACAAGAAGGCCUUGACUGUUUUCAUUCUGACAUGCUCAUUGAUAUAUUUUAAUAAAUAUUAUGCUGGGCUUCAUUUACGCGAGGAGUAAUGUAUCGGACGUCAUGCGACAAUUUGACGUCAUUAUUGACGUCAUAAUGCUCUCGCGCGUCAACCGUUGUUUAUCGCUGAAUAUACAGAGCUUGAUUUUCUUCUUUGUUUUAUUGGAAAUCAAUUCGAGCCAUGUUAGAAUUGUUUAUAAUAGUUAAAGAAAGUAGAUUUUUAUGGUUUGGCAGGAAAAGCUAACAUGUGAUAAAAAGAGCCUCGCAUUUUAUUAUUUUAUUCAACUCGUUUAAUAAAUUCAAUAUGAAAAGACA